AUGUGGCUGUGGUCCCUCCUGCUCUCUUUUCCCCUGUCUCUGGCUGUAAGUGGCCUGCAUGAGCCCGAGGCACCAGAGCGUGAUGGUGAACUGCACUGUGGACCCCAGGGCCUCCGCUUCACUGUCCAACCUCCUGAUCUGGGGACAGGGGAUCCUCCCGCCCUGAUAGUGUGGGAUGACCACGGGCAGCUGUACCAGCUGCAGAAUGACUCUGGCUGCGGCACCCAGGUGAUGGCAGGCCCUGGCAGCUCCAUGGUGUUGGAGGCGUCCUACGGCAGCUGCUAUGUCACUGAGCUGGGCACCCAGCACGUUAUGCCAGUCGGGGUCGAAGGGGCAGAUGCAGCUGGUCACAAAACAGUGGAGGAGACCAGGCUGCUCAAGUGUCCCCUGGGUCUCCCAGCCCCAAACGCUGUAGGUGCUGACCUGUGUGACUCUGUCCCCGAGCGGGACAGACUGCCCUGUCUCCCCUCGCCGGCCGCACAAGAAGACUGCAAGAGGCUGGGCUGCUGCUACAACCCCAGUGGGAAGUCCUGUCACUAUGGAAACACAGUGACCACCCACUGCACCCAGGACGGCCACUUCGCCAUCGCCGUGGCCCGGGACGUGACCGCGCCCCCCCUGCUCGUGCGCUCUGUGCACCUGGCCUCCCAGAACAGCAGUGAAUGUGACCCGGUGACAGCAACACAAGCCUUUGCCCUGUUCCGGUUCCCCUUCACUGCCUGCGGCACCACGAGGCGGGUCACCGGGGACCAGGCCGUGUAUGAAGUCGAGCUGUCCGCAGCCCGGGACGUGAGCACCUGGAGCCGGGGUUCUGUCACCCGUGACAGUAUCUUCAGGCUCCGAGUCCGCUGCACCUACGCUGUAAGCAGCAACGCCCUCCCGGUCACCGUCCAGGUCUUCCUCCUCCCGCCGCCCCUUCCUGAGACCCAGCCUGGACCCCUCACUCUGGAACUUCGGGUUGCCAAAGAUAAAAACUACAGCUCCUACUACAGUGUUGAUGACUACCCGGUGGUCAAGUUACUCCGGGAUCCCAUUUACGUGGAGGUCUCCAUCCGCCACAGAACCGACCCCAACCUCGGGAUGCUGCUGCAGUGCUGGGCCACGCCCGGCCCAGACCCUCGGCACCGGCUCCAGUGGGCCCUGCUGGUGAGGGGAUGCCCCUACACUGGAGACAACUACCAGACCCAGCUGAUCCCUGUCCAGGAAGACGCGGGUCUGCCGUUCCCGUCCCACUACCAGCGCUUCAGCAUCUCCACCUUCAGCUUUGUGGACUCGGGGGCCAGACGGGCGCUCGGGGGACCGGUGUAUCUGCACUGCAGUGUGUCCAUCUGCCAGCCUGAGGGGACGCUGUCCUGUGUGACCUGUCCUGUUGCCAGGCGAAGAAGAAGCUCUGGCUCCUUCCACAACAGUACUGCUAGCAUUUCUGGCCAGGGUCCCCUGAUCCUACUCCAAGCCACUACGGACGCUUCAGAAAACCUUCGGAAAUUCUCGGGUCCCCCCGUAGACGCCCGCGCCCUGUGGGUGGCCAGCCUCUCUGGGACCUUCAUCGUUGGAAUCUUAUUAGUGUCCUACCUGGCUAUCAAGAAACGGAGAUGA